AGCAGUAUUGUUGUGGUGAAAUAAGACUGGCUUCGUGUCGUGUGUUUUCUCGACAUCAGUCUGCUAAGAACUAAAGUCUCUGGAUGUGUGCUUCGAGAAUGUCGAGAAGGCUGGCUGUUGAAAAUCACGGCGCAGUUCUUGCUUGUGUUUCAUGGGUUACUAUGGAAACCAUUCAUGUUGCUACCCAUGCGUUUCUGAAACAUCUCUGCAUCCUUCCUCUUGCAUCAUGAAAACAUCAAAGCGACCCGACAAAAAUGCAAAACUUCCACAGCGAGAGGGAGGUAGUCUGCCCCCUAUUUCACCUGGCUCCCUGACUGAUCCAAACGAGAUGGAGGAGACAGAGGAUUUUCCGGAUGAGGGAAAGGUGACUGGUGUUAAGUACAUCUCCGAGGACCUGAUAAAAAGAGUAACCAAACAAGAUGACCUCAAUUUUGUCCAGAACCUCAACCUGUGUGGAAGUAAAAGUGACAAGAAAAUAAGGUAUAUUGAGAACCUGGAGAAAUGUGAGAAAUUGCUGGUGCUUAAUCUCAGUCACAACAUGAUUCAGAAGAUGGAGAAAAUGGACCGGCUGCACAGACUGAGAGAGUUAGACCUGUCUCACAAUAGAAUAUGCAAGAUGGAGGGCCUGCAGCACAUGGGCAAUCUGCAGCAGCUCAAUCUAUCAUUCAACCUGAUUGAGAACGUCCCCUUGUGGAUCCCCAAGAAGCUGCGCUCCCUCACCAUCCUCAACCUGCAGGACAACAGCAUCUCCGCGCUGCAUGAGCUGUGUCGGCUGAAGUCCCUGGUGAGCCUGAGCCAGCUGGUGGUGGGUGGGAACCCUGUGUCUGCACUGUCCCACCACCGGCCCCUUCUCAUCUACCACCUGAGGGCCAUACAGCUGCUGGACCACCAGCCCGUUACCCAGCAGGACAGAGAGGAGGCCCGGGAGCGCUUUCACAUGGAGGAGGUAGCCCGUCUGGAGCGGGAGCUGGACCAGCGUGGCGAGGAGGUGGAGAGGCUGCGGGGCGAGUGUGAGGACGCAGUGGCCAAAUUUGACCAGCAGGUGGCGCAGUACGACAAGCUGAAGCAGCAGAGCCAGCAGCAGCAGCAGCAGCACAGGGCUCUGCAGACCGAGUUGGACACCAAGACAGAACUGCUGAAGCAGAAGUCGGUGAACUUGACGCGAGCCUGCCAGAAGCACUAUAAGCUGGAGCAGGAGCUGGCUUUCCUCAAGAUAGAUGCCAAGUUCUCGCCGCUCCCCUUCUACCCCUCUGAGGAGGACGAUGACAUAGAGGUAGACUCGGGGCUGAACGAGAGUCCCUACAUCGGCAGGUCACGGCAGCACAGGAAAACGGCCUCAGGCGAUGAGCCUGACACGGCGGCCUGGAGGGAAGCCGCGGGGCCACACAGGGCCACGCUGCCCUCUGGAGGAGUGGAGAAGAGCGAGGAAGAGAGGCUGCGGCUGCUGCAGAUGGAGAUCAGACGUCUAGAGCAGCAGAUUCAUUCAGCCAAUCAGGAGUUGCAAGGCCUGGAGGACACAGCCAACCAGAAACGGAUGUCUGAGGCAGAGAAGGAGCAGGUGCGUCAGCGUCUCCUGGAGAAGCUGGAGGAGCUGAAGCAGGACCAGGCGGAGCUGCAGAGCCUGGAGGCGGAGCUGCAGAGCCACAACGCCCAGAUGGCCCAGGCACACGCGCAGAUGGACAUGCUCAACCAGGAGCUGCAGCGGAUGUCACCCACGGACCCACACUACGCUCACCUGAACGCGCAGCUGUGGCGUCAGCAGCAGCUCCUGGACAUGAUGAGCGCCAGGCAGCAGCAGCUAGAGGAGCGUCUGGACUACAUGCUCAACCGCAUCGCCCAGGAGACCCAGGACAUCAAGGAGCUGGAGCAGCAGCUCACUGACGGUCAGAUCUUGGCGAACGAGGCCCUGAAGCGUGAGCUGGAGGAUGUGAUCUCGGGGCUGCAGGAGUACCUGGCUGGGGUCAGGGGUCAGGCGCAGCAGGCUCAGAGCGAGUGCCUACGCCUGCAGAACCACAACCAGGCACUGCAGAGCCUCCUGCAGGACCAAGACGAACAGUUGCAGCAGCUACAGCCCAUGCAGAUGGAGCUGGACCUGUUGAGGGUGGAGAAUGCAGAGUUGUCAGAGGCCAUGAGGGAGAGUGGACUGGGCCAGUCGGACCAGGAGGAGAGGAGCUCCGACGCACAGAGGACCACAGCAGAGCUCAACAGACUGCGCUCCCUGUCAAAGGUGGAACGGGCAGCUCUUGAGGCUGAGCUGGAGAAUGAGCGACAAGCCCGAGAAAAUGCAGAGGUCCGAAUGCAGCUGGAGACAGAAAACCUGCUGGAACACAUCAACUCACUAAAGGAGGAGAGUGAUGUGUUGCGUGAGCAGGCUGCUGGGCUGCAGGCUAAACUGCAGAGCUCGUCAGACGUCCUCAUCCACCCAGAGCACCUGCUGCACAGACUCCAGCAACUCAGCAUGGACCCAACCGCAGACACGCCCCAUGCCAGUGAUAUGGUGGCGCUGGGGAACUCAGCGGUGGAGGAGAGACUUCGAGAGCUGCAGCAGGAGGCCUGGCGUCUGCUGAGGGCGGCCAGGGAGGAGGCGGCGGAGGCGGAGGAGGAGAAGGAGGCACAGCACCUCCUCCAGGAGCAAGACCAUGAGGAGGAGUGGAGACGGCUCCAGGAGGAACGAGACGAGGCCAGAGCCCACCAGGAGACGCUGAGCAAGGAGCUCCAGCACCUCAAACACCAGAUCGCCACGAUGCAGAAGCACAACCAGCUAGAUAGAGGGGACGCAGCAGUGAAGAACCGAGAACACGAGAUGGAUCUGAGCAGACUAAGGGAGGAGCUUCAGAAGGAACAGGAAGCGGAACUUCAGAGACUCAGGGAGGAGCUUAGCAGAGCACAUGACGUAGACCUCCAACAGCUGAAGGGGAGGCUUGAGGCCAGACAGAGGGCGGAGCUUAGCGACCUGAGGAAGAGGCUUGAGGAGGCCAAGGAGGCGGAGCUCCAGGGGCUGAGGGAGGAGCUCCAAGAGGCCCAGGAGCAGCAGUACCUGAUGAGCCAGAGGCUGCAGGAGGCCGAGGGGGAGAAAGAGGGCCUCCUCGCGGAGCUGCGUGAGAAGGACAUGCAGGCGGAGGAGCUGAAGAGGAGUAUGGAGGGUGCAUCUGGUCAACAGCUGAACGCCGUCACACAACAGCUACAGGCACUCUACAAAACAGCUGUACAAAUACGCCAGCAGAGGGAGCAGGAUGCUGAGUUGCUGAGGAGGUCCAGGCAGCAGGCGUGUGAGUUGGAGGGAGAUCUCCAGAAGGCUGAGGCGGAGACGACCUUACUGCACACACUACUGAAGGACGGGCAGCCUGUGGACAGUAAGGCCAAAGCAGGCCCAGCGAGCAGCUACAGUUACCAGCCAGACGAGCUGGAGAACUUGGCCAGAGCAGUCCGGAGACUCACAGAACAGCUGAACCAGGCUUCAACAGAUAAGAGUGUGAGCGUUGAGAAGCUGAUGGAUGAGAUGGUAUCUCUCAGGGACACUCUGAAGCAGGGCAGCAAUAUCUCCAGUCCAAAAUGUAGCGGCCACAGGAACUCCCAGCGCUACUACAUCCCCGCAGGACACAGCGCAGCCAGUUUGGCAUCUCAGGGCACGCAGGACUCAGGGUUGGGCUCUCAGCUCCCCUCCUCCCCUCCCAGAAAACCCCGCCCACAACACAGGCCACGCCCCCACAAGAACCAUCCCAAAGGAGACGGAUACUGGCUCUACUCCCUCCAUCCUCCAAGCAGAGUUGCCAGUGACAGUACAGGUGAAAGUGAUCCAGAGAGCGGGGCCCCCUGGUGGUUUUUCCCUGCUGGUGCGCUCCUCUACACCUCCCUGCCGGCCCAGCAGCCCCCACCACCACCAGCACCACCCAGCCCCCACUGCAACCUACCCUCACACCAGCGCAUGGAGCGAGAUCUGCGUGAGGCGAAGCGUGACCUGAGAGAGCAGAGGGGGCUGGAGCGGGAGAGCAAAGAGCUGCAGAGGGAAAUACAACAGCUCAGGAGGGAGCACAAACGCCUCAGGGCGAGGGUGGCGAGUGGAGAGCGGAGUGCCCUGGAGGAGGUGGAGUGUUUGGAGGAGACUCUGAGGCAGCGCAGAGCUGAGCUGCGAGAAGCAGACCGCCUACUGCUGCACACACACGCACAGCUCAAGGACAAACGCGCACAGAGCAAGGAGGAGGGGCAGCGUUGUCGGGAGGCUCAGAGGAGACGCGAGGAGCUGCAGCAGGACCUUCAGGAGAUGGAGAGCAGAGCUCAGGACUACGCCAAACAGCUCCUACACUCCAGACAACACCUCAGCAUGGAACAGGAGGAGCUGCAGAAGCUCCAGCAUCAGAGGCAGAGUGAAGACAGAGCGGUGACAUCUGCAGACGCACACUACAAACAGCUCAAACAGAGAUUGGAGGAAAAUGAGCGACUCCUGUUGAAGGCCGAAGACCUACUCAGCCAACGCAACACAGAGCUGCAGUCUCUUAAUACUGAGCUGGGUGCGUUGGAGAGGCGUGUGGGCCAGUGGAGGGAGGAGGAGCGCCUCCUACAGGAGACUCUACAGCAACACAGGCACACACUCCUACAGGAGCUCACACAGGCAGAGGACGAGAAGCACACACUACACACACACAUCAAGGAGCUGCGUGUGUGUGAGGAGGACUUGUCUAAGCAGCAGCGUGAUGUGGAGGAGGAGGUGUGUGAGGGCAGGAGCCUUCUCAAGCUCAUCAGACAGGAACUGCAGCAAGAGAAGCAGGCCCUCGACACACUCACAUCAGAGCUGAAGCGAGUGCAGGAAGAGAAGCAAGAGCAUGAGUCACAGUGUGAGCAGUUGCAGGAGAAGUGUCGCCACCUGGAGGCCAGGCAGAGACACGCACAGAGGUGUGCGUCUAACACAGAGAAGGCUCUGUGUGAGGCGAGGGCUGACCUGGCUAGACUACACAACGUGCUGGAGGAGAGCAGAGAUAAUGCAGGGUUGUCUACAGAACUGAGGAGGCGGCUUGAGGAGGAGCAGUCACAACUGGAUGCAGUCAGACAGGCAAUCCAGUCUGCGUGCUGCGAGCGCGACGGGCUGCUGGAGGAGCGUGAUCGUGUGCGUGGGGAGGUGGAGAGCUGCGUGGAGCGCGGCGAGAGGGGACACACACGCCUGCAGCAGCUGGAGGAGGAGCUGAAGGAGCUGGACACACAGCUCAGCCACAAACACACACUGCUGCAGCAGCACCAGCAGACUCUAGGCCAGCAGCAGCAGGAGUGGGCUGAUGAGGAGGCUGUGCAGCAGCAGAGGAGGCAGCAGCUGCAGGCCCAGCUGCAGGCUCUGGAGGGCGCUGUGGCGGAGCGGGUGCAGCGCAUGGAACACCUCACCGCAGAAGAAGCUGAGCUGCAGGACAGGAGGAGACUGCUGCACACCGAGGAGGAGCAGCACAGGCUUAAGGGCCAAGAGCUGUGUGAGUGGGAGUCCAGGCUGGACCAGCAGCAGCGGGAGCUGGAGGGCCAGAGGGGGGAGCUGGAGGGCCAGAGAUCCAAACUACACAAGCUCCAGAGCCACCUCAAGAGGCAGACACACACACUGCAGCACACACAACAGGCAGCGAAAGAGAGCGAGCAGAGAGCAGAUACACUCCAGACGGAGCUACACACUGUACGCGAAGAGCUGCAGAGCCUCAGAGAGAAGCAGGAGAAGGAGAGGUGUAUUGUGCUUGAGACCAGGCGGUCUGACCGCUGUUCCGUUCCCAAACCAGAGCCAGAGCUAUCUGUCCUAACUGUAGGAGAUCUCCAGAGUCCCUCUCCCCCCCACAGCCCCAGCUCUCCUCCCCCCAGCAGGGGCAGCAGCAGUGGGGGAGAGGACGGGGACGAGGACCAGCUCAGGGCCCUCCUCACUCCAUCCAGGAUGUCUGCACUUGCUGCACAGGAUGAGCAGAGGCGAGGGGAGCUGUUGAGAGAGCAGCUGGAGAUGCAUGAGGAUGAGCUGAAAGCUCAGCUGCGCAGACGCAUGUUUGACCAACAGGAGGCGCUGUGUGUGAGACGGCAGCAGACAGAGGGCAGUCUGGAUGACCUGCGCAGACGCCUGGACUGGCUAGACCAGCUGCUGGGAGACGAGACCGCGCUCAAAACACUCAAGCAGCACAAGGUGAGGCUGUCCAGUAGCUGGCACUCGGGAAGUUCUGAGCCGUUUUAUCACCCUGUCAAACUGGAGCGGCCACAGCCACAAAGGGAAAUGAGCUGAUUUCAAUCAAAGGGUGAAAUGAAAAGCAAAGGGGAAGAAGAGCUUGUGACGAGCCUCGUGCAGGUCAUUUAGGCUGCAAGUCAUUUUAGCAUUUUAGUUCCUCCCUUGCGUGCCUCAGUGUCGCUCCUCCUCCGUGGAGAACAGGAACCCCCUUCCUGAUCCUGAUUCCAAUAUCCAUUCAAUAUCCUGAUAGCAAAUGAGGACAAUAUUUUUUCUGACGUUUUUUUUUUUUUUUUUAACAAGAUAUUUAAUAAAAUCUUUUCUCAUGAAUGACGUGCCUAGCAUCACAACGCCGUAGGCCAGAGCAAAGGACGGGAGGAACUAGAAGGAUUUGCAGCCAUAGUGUGCCAUUGUUGGUUGGCCAAGCAAAGGGAAGGGCUAACCAAUCGUAAUGCAUGCUGCAGAUCAGAUGUGCACACAGCCAAUGGUUGAUAACGCAGAGGGAAGGGCCUAUACAGGGGUUUCCCAUUUACAAACAUUCGGCAAAAUCGUGAUGAGCCACUGGGCUCGGUCGUGACGACGCAGUAAGAUUUUUGCUGGAAAAUUCUAACCAGAAUGCAUCAAACUGGCAAAGUGCGCAUGCCCACUGCCUAGCAAAAAUCUUACUGUGUCGUCACGAACGAGCCUAAUGCUUCACUGCUGCUUAGCA